AUGCAUACCUCAACUAUUUCUGACCAAACUGUUCGAGGAACUCUCGCCCGCUACAACGGCGCCGGCCUUUUAGCUGGUAUCCCAUCACAUAAUGAUAUUGUGGCAGAAUUCGAUAAUGGGAUGACCACUAUACUUCAACAAAGCCUAUCCGGCAAGCAACCCAUACAUUUCAUGCCUACUGAAGUUAGUGAUGAUAUCGAGGGGUAUUCCUCCUAUAUCUUGCGUAUCACUGGUUCUUUGAUUAAUGGGCAAAAGGUGGUCGUGAAUAUCACAGGUAUCCGACCAUUCUUCGAUGUUGAAGUACCUGAAAACCAUUCCCCCUCUUCACUUAAGACCACAUUAGCACGCAUUUUAUCAGUUACACUCAAAAAUACAACAAAAUUUGGGUUUGAGGAUAUUCGUGCUUUUCCACUUCAGGGCUAUUAUACAGAAAAGAAAGCAUAUAUCCGUAUAAGGACGUGGAACCACUUUGAUCGGUAUAAUGCCCUAAAAGCAGUUCGUGAAGUCGGCAUUCGUACAGCCUCAGAUGAUCUAAACUGCCAGUAUUAUUACCGCAAAGUAGCUCGCGAGGUGCCUAACGCAAAAUAUGAUAAAGACAGAGUGUUUAUGAUUUGUAUGACAGUGCAUUGGAAAGAUGAUCCCGAACUGUUAAAACAAAUCUGUCUUGUCGAUGUUGAAACAGCACCAGAGCCAGGCUGGAUCACAAUUGUAUGUGGAUCCCAGACAGAUUUAAUAAAAGCAUUCACUUUAUGUUGGAAACUUCUAGCCCCAGAUAUACACAUAGGAUUUAACGAUUCUCAAUACGAUUGGCGGUUUAUUGUAGAGAAAGUUAAUAAAUUAGGAGUUCUCGAAUGGAUGUUCAAUCAUAUGUCAUUCAAGCCAUCGAGCCUGGAAAAAAUUAUAAAAUGGGAAUAUCGAUAUAAUAUGAUAAAAGCUGAAAAGAGUAGUUUAGCAUUUUACCUAAAUGAAUGUGGGCUUGAAAGUAAAAUGGAUAUGCCUAUUCACCGCAUGAACAAAUAUUAUGAAAGGGCAUUAAAAGAGCCAGAUUCCAUGUCGGCCGAACAAAUGCGUGAAGUGGCCAAAUAUUGUAUUAUCGACGCUCUUAGUUGCCAGCGGUUAAUGGUAAAGCAUAAUGCAAUUAAUGAGUAUAGAGAGGUGGCAUCCGUAGCCUUCUUAUCAUUAUUUGAUGCACAUUAUUUUGUGGGAGGUAUGAAGGUUUGCAACCUUUUAAGUGCUAGCGCAUGGCAAAGAGGGAUCCUAACCAGUAUGAUUUCAAGCCAACAAACAGAAACUGGAAAAUACCCUGGAGCCUAUGUUUUCCCACAAGUAAAGGGUCUCGAAAAUAGACGUCCUGUAACUGGCUUAGAUUUCGCAUCUUUGUAUCCAAGCCUUAUCAUGACAUACAACCUUUCGCCCGAUAAAAUGAUUUUAUCUCGAGAACGUGCUGAACAAAGUGAAAAAGGUCUCUAUGCCAUUGUGUUAGAAUAUUUAUCUAGUAAACGGAAUGAGAUGAAAAAACGUCUCGCUCCCUUGAAAGAGAAAAAGGAAAACAUGGAUCUGGUAAUUGGUUUAAUGGAUAAAGGUUUAUCAUUACCAGGAGCUAUUGAGCAAGUCUUAGCAACUACAGAGGAAAAAAAGCGUGCCAGCCUUAGCAAAAGUUUACAUCAUUUUAUUAAUAAGAAAAAACAUGAAUUUAUAGCAGAAUAUGAUUCUAUUUGUUUCGACUGCUCUUGCUUAGAUGCGAAACAAUAUGCUCUUAAGGUGUACAUGAAUACAUUUUAUGGCACUGCUGGAGAUAGUAAAUCCCCCUUCUUCUUGCGUGAACUUGCUGGGAGUGUUACUUCGGCUGGACAGAGAAAUAUCAAAUUCGUUGCGGAUUUCGUCAAGAGAAAGGGAUUUGGAAUAAAAUAUGGUGAUACGGAUUCCUUGUAUCUAGUCUGUCCAGAAGAACGCUUCCAGAGGUGUGAUGAGGCUUAUGAUAGUGGCAACGGGAUCUCAAAAGAAGAAUAUUGGUCUCGAAUGGUGGAAAUCUCUAUGGUGGAAAUGGAAAAACUUCGUGAUGAAGUUAAUGACUUUCUCAAGGAAGAUAACGGAUCCCCUUAUCUUAAAAUGGCAUAUGAGAAAGUCUUAUUUCCGGUAGUAUUUACUGGAAAGAAAAAAUACUAUGGUAUCCCGCAUGAAAGCAAGCCGAACUUUAAUAAAAAGCUUUUCAUUCGGGGAGUUGAGGUUGUAAAGCGGGGGCAGUCUAAACACUUUCGUGAGGUGGGUAAGAAGGUCAUGGGAGAAUCUAUGAGGCUGGAUAAUACUCGCACCUUGCGUCGGAUUGUGGAGGACGUGCUCAAAGAGACCAUAAAUGAUAUUUCACAGAUAGAUCUUAAUGGGGUGAUUAAAACUGCUGUGUGGAAGCCCGAUAAGAAUAACAAGAGUGUUCAGCGUUUUAUUUCACGAAUGCGAGACAGACAUACUCGUGAAGAAGCAGACGCCAAACGGCUCAUAAAAAGAGGGCUAACAUCCGAGCCUUAUCUUUAUGAAAUCCCAGAACCGGGUGAGCGUUUUGAGUAUGUUGUAGUUGAGAAUAAUUCAUCAGAUAAGGUCGGAGAUAAAAUGGAGUAUCCAGAGGUAGUGAGGCGAUUAGGUAAAAAGAUCGAUAUCAGCUAUUAUCUGAAAACCGUCGUCGGCCUCUGUGCACGAUUUAUUAAAUAUGAUGAAAGUUUCCAGCCAUCAUCUGAAAUUGUGCUGGAGGCCUUAAAAAAGUUGAAAGAUGCUAAUAAAGCGGGUGAUAAUAAAGCGGAUGACGGUGGGGUGGAUGGAGAUGACCUGGAUGAAGACGAAGAAGAUAAAGAUGAAAUGGAUGAAGAUGAGGUAUCAAAAAUAAGAGAUGUCUUAGCGCAGAAAUUGGCUGAAAAGUGGAUUAGGGGGUAUAUCAAAAGCCUACGUGAUGGUCCGAAAAAAGAUAAAACCAUCAUAUCUCAUUUAUGGGAAGGGGCACGCAUUUACGAGAAAAAAUUAUUUGAUACUAAUUAUGCCAACAAGGGAGAACACCUGACUAACAAUGCUUAUUACCAAUCAUUACUCAAUGCGCUAGAUAAGCAAGAAGAAUCCAUCCGCUUAAAACUUUCAUCAUUGCUUAAAGAAAUUUCAGAGGUUGAUAUAGAGUAUAGAGACAGUAUGUAUAAAUUAGUUACUAAGAAGAGACACAGAGCAAUAUCCUUAGAACAAUAUUUAACAUCAUAUUAUUUGGAUGAGUGGGUCCCAAAGGGACCGUGUAAGCUACUAGCAGAUUUCAGAAACAUAUGGUACAAAGUGGUUGGCCUAGAAAUCACACGCUACCGAACAUUAUCAAAAUUACAGGAUAGCAAAAAAGAUGAUUCAUCCGAAUCAGAUAUAGACGAGAUUAUCGAAUUAUAUGGAUAA